GCUAUGGCACUUUUAUCAAAUGGUGCUUCAUCAAUGCAGAUAACACCAGCGUCUGGUAACGCAGCGCCAGCAAAAAGUGAUAACAACACUGACUUUAAAUCCAAUGACCAUAUAUUCUUCUCGAACCUGUUUGGUGGAUUACCACGUUGGGAUGCGUCAGGAAAAGUUAGUACAGGACCGGUAACGGUGCCACACAGGUAUUUAUUAAUUUGCUAGAAUGGUAGUAGCAGCAAUCCUAGUUUUAGUCACAAUCUUUCAUUGGAUCGUGAUAGUAUUAGUAUGUCCGAUAAUGUACUAUUUUCUAACGUGCUUGGUGCGAUCGGAACUACCACUGGGACCAUCCCAGGCAAUGAUAUUCUAGGUGCAAUAGGAACUCAGAUAACACCGAGUACUUCACCUCACACGAAUUCUUCCAAUGAAAGCUCUCAUACGCCUGGUGUAGCAUGUGGUCGCUGUGACACGCACGCAAUCAGCCGUUGUUUGGACUGCAAUGAUGUACUGUGUGAAGAUUGCGCUCAUAUUCACAGCAAAAAUAAUUUUGCUAAAGAUCACUGUGUGAUCCCAAUUCACACGAUCUCGCCGCUAGGAUCGACCGCGGGAGCACUAAGUGUUUCAAUGGCAAACGAGCCACAUUGUGACGUGCAUGGAGAAGUAUUACGCUAUCUUUGCGAAACUUGCAAAAAGAUUGUUUGCCAGGAAUGCACACUAUGGGAUCACAAGGAUCAUUCCUGUAUUCCAGUAUCCAACAUCUCACAAGGUGCAUCGGAGAAAAUAAUUUCUAUUUUGGAGAGUGGAAAGCUUGGAACUAAAUAUAUCAAAGCUAGUAUUGAUCGAGCUGUAGCCUAUUCGCAAGCAGUUGAAAGAGAUGCAAUGGAAGCUUCGGCAAGAAUUCGUAAAGCAAUGCGUCAUUUUGUUUUGGCAGCCGAGGAUCGCGAGCGAACACUGUUAGAGCGGGUAGAAAAGUUUCGCCAACAAAAGUCUACCUCGCUUUCCGACCAGAUGGCGGGUCUGCGAACCGCAUUGGCAGGUCUUGCUCAGACAUCAGAUAUGUUAUCCAAAGCUCUUGACUCAGUAGGCAACAUGAGUACUAUGGACAUAGCCAAAACCCUUACAAGCGGUGAAAGUCAGAUGGAACAAUUUGCUGCCAUGUACAAAAACCUUCAACCAAAGGAGGAGUUUAUCACUUUUGUCCCACCGAAUUUCGAACUUCUUCAAGAUAUACGCAUGCAAGGUGAAGUAUUGCUAGUAAAUCAACGAAGCAAUCCAAUUUCCAAUGUUUCAAAUAUGUGUAUUCAACCACCAAGUGGUAAUAUUUUAACUCGACGUCCCAUCGUUAGAAGCACGACGCCUGCACAACGCCCCAAUUCAUCUUCUUCUUGGGAUCAAAUUCCGCCAACGAAACCUGUUCUUGGAACAACAUCUGGACCUAUUGGGAUUGGUCCUAUUCCAGGAAUGCCAAUCUUUGGACAAUGUAUUCCUGGUUGUACAUCCCAUGUAUCAACUAAACCAGCUGUCGGGCCCAGCCUGACAUUCGGAUUUGACGGUCAUGAAGAUGGCCAAGUUUCACGUCCAUGGGGUAUUGCCGUCGAUAAAGAAGGGCAUAUCUUAGUUGCUGACCGUCGAAAUAAUCGCGUACAAGUUUAUUAUCCAGACGGUACAUUUAAACUUAAGUUCGGUUCUAAGGGCACCGCCAAUGGUCAGUUCGAUCUGCCUGCUGGUAUUUGCACCGAUGCCCAAAAUCGUAUAAUUGUCGUUGAUAAGGAUAACCAUCGUGUUCAAAUUUUUUCUCCAAAUGGUCUAUUCCUGUUGAAAUUUGGUGUUUAUGGUAAAGAAUGUGGCCAGUUCCAGUAUCCGUGGGAUGUGGCAGUUAACGUAAAAGGAGAAAUACUUGUUACGGAUUCUAGAAAUCAUCGAAUCCAACUGUUCAACUCGGAAGGACAAUUCAUUUCACGCUUUAGCUUCGACGGAGUUAAUCAUAGCCGUUAUUUGAAAGGCUUAACUACACCACGUGGUGCCUGUUUCACGCCACAAGGAGAUAUUAUAGUAUCGGAUUUCGAAAAUCAUCGGCUACUUUUGGUAGAUUCUACUUUGACAAAGACACUCGCUACAAAGGGUCAUGAAGGUUCAGCAGUACACGAAUUCAGUCGUCCAUCGGGAAUUUGCUGCGACGAUGAUGGCAGAGUAAUAGUGGCAGAUUCUAAAAAUCAAAGAGUACUCAUCUUUUCGGCACAGCUGGAGUUUUUGUGGGCCGUUGAAAUACGCCCUUCAUCGCAUAAUCUACUUGCAAUAGGCAUGGAUGAGAAGGAUCGACCAAGUGAUGUUGCCUUGUUACCUGAUGGCCGUCUUGUGGUGAUGGUCGAAACUUCGCCGGAUGCUCGUGAUCAGUGCAGUCCACAAAAAACUUUUAUUCAAAUUUACUAG